AUGGAAUCUAAAACUUUUGAAGGUGUUACAGAUAGGUACAAUGGUAUUACAGUAGAUUCUCAGGAAGAACCUUGUGAAGUAGAUCAACUCUUAAAUCAGCUGAAUGAAUCGAUAAGAGUGUGGACUGAAUCGAACAAACGCUGUAUAUGGUUCAAAGUUAACAUCAAAGACGCAGCUUGGGUACCAGUGUUAGCUAAUGAAGGCUUCAACUUCCAUCAUGCCCGUGAUGAUUUUGUCAUGAUGUACAAAUGGCUUCCUAACACUCCAUCCAACUUACCUCCAGCUUGCCAUACAAAUCUUGGUGUUGGUGGAAUGGUAUUCAAUGAUAAAAAUGAAAUAUUAGUAGUUGCUGAGAACUACAUUGAAUUCCCACAUUGGAAACUUCCUGGAGGAUAUGUGGAAAGAGGAGAAGACAUAAAAGAUGCAGCCAUAAGAGAAGUUAAGGAAGAAACAGGAAUUGAUGCAACUUUUGAAUCUAUGGUUACACUGAGACAUACCCACAACACUAUGUUUGGAAACUCUGAUAUCUAUGUGAUCAUCUUGUUGAAAGCCACAUCAGAAACAAUCACAAAAGCCGACAAUGAAAUCAAGGCAUGCAAGUGGAUGCCCAUUGAAGAAUAUAUGAACCACCCAGAUGUUUUAGAGUUCAACAGAUUUAUUGCUAGACAAGCUCUGGACCUGAAGACUAGGAACUUAAAACUGCAGCUUCGUAAAGAAAUGCUUAGAAUUAAAAAUUUAACCAGGGAAAUGACAGCAGUGGUAAUAGAAGAUCUUGAUAAAUAA